AUGGGCCGCUAUGUUAGUAGUAACGAAGGCAUGUGGCGUAUAUUUUCGUUUCCAAUACAUGAACGACAUCCUACUGUUGUUCACUUGGCCGUACAUUUGGAAAAUCGUCAUUCGUCAAAUGCUAAACAAAUACGAACAUUAUUUUCUAUAAUUUUGUCUACAUGCUUCCCAUCAGCACCGACUGAUUUAUGGCAUAAAUACAAAGAUCAUAUAGCGGAAGAUAUAUUCUAUCAGAUGCGUCUUAGAACAUCGAAUGCAGAUUUGCAAAUGAACGAAGAAAUUCACAAUGAAGCAUUAAUUUUAAUUGAGGACAUGUGCUUGAUGCUUACCAACAAUGUAUUAAUACAAAUAGGAAUGAUAGGACCCAAUCGUCCAAUGUUCGACUCAUUUGAUCAAGAAUUGAGACGCGAAGCCCAAUACGAUUCCGAAACAUUACGAGAAAUGGUUGAUAGAACAGUUCCCCUUUUAAAUCAACAACAAAAAUAUGCUUACGAUACGCUCAUGAAAGUAGUGUUAUCAUUGAUUUUGGCAACAAUUCGGUCGCAAAAUGGAAUUGCACUAGCCCUAGCUUCAUCAGGUAUUGCAGCUACGUUGUUGGAAGGCGGUCGAACAGCUCAUUCAAUUCUCAAGCUGCCGUUAAACCUUCAAAUUAAUGAAACUCCAGCUUGCAACCUUUCGAGGAAUUCUGCGAUUGCCAAAGUGCUGCAGCAAACAAGACUGAUAAUUUGGGAUGAAUGUACGAUGGCACACAAAAAAUCUUUGGAGGCAUUAGAUCGCUUGAUGCAAGAUUUACGAAAUAACAAAAGCCGGUUUGGUGGUGCAAUGAUACUAUUGGCAGGUGAUUUUCGACAAAUAUUGCCAGUUGUUCCACGCUCAACGCCAGCUGAUGAACUGAAUGCCUGUUUGAAGUCGUCCAUUUUAUGGAAAUACAUUAAAACACUUAAAUUAAGUAUAAACAUGAGAGUCGAAUUACAGGAAGACCAGUUUGGAGAAGUGUUUUCCAAACAACUGCUCGAUAUUGGUAAUGGUAUUAUUGCUGUUGAUGCAUCACCUGGAUACAUUACCUUCCCUACCAACUUUUGUAACUUUUGUGAAUCAAAGACCGAACUCAUGGAGAUGGUUUUCCCAAACAUUGCUCAAAAUUACGUAAAUCACAUUUGGUUAAGCGAACGUGUUAUAUUGGCCGCAAAAAAUGUUGAUGUGAAUGAAAUGAAUUUUCAUAUUCAAGAGAAAAUAGCUGGCGAAUUGAAGAAUUACAAAUCAGUUGAUUCCAUUACUAAUGAAGAUAAAGUUGUCAAUUAUCAAACAGAAUUUUUAAAUUCGCUGAAAUUGCCCGGCUUACCACCUCAUAAUCUGCAAUUAAAAAUCGGAUAA